AUGCAUGGCAACAACUCUGCACAAUCACUUAUAAACCGUGCCACCGAGCAGGUCAACAAGGACGUUCCAGCCCAUUUCAGUCUUUCACCUUCAAGCUUGCUUGAUUUUCCGCCUGAUUUGGAUCUGGGUCUGGAUUUUGGUUCUCCACAGGGUGAAAUUGGUCCUCCUUUGGAAGCACGUAAUCUGCAACCCGCUAUGGAUCCUGGUACUAUGCAAAGUCACCACUCUAGCCAGCCAUUGGCUCUGGAAGCGCAUCGGGGCCGUAGUGAUGGGCGAUCCGAGCAUGAACAUCAAACUGAGCUCCAUCGCACGUCUCAAGGCUCCUAUAUUUUAUCCGCUUCCACAUCUACGCUGGUGCCUCCCUACUCGCAAGCGUCUUCAACUCAUUCCAGUCGCCGGCUGUCUCUUGCAAGGAAUAUGAUUCCAAAGAGCCUAAACUGUCAGGAGGCCCAGGAUGAAGGGAACGCUCGUCUCAUAGACUUCGAUUACCAGGGAGGGACAGCUCUGAACACCGACAGGGAGGAUACUGGCGCUGAUUCCGGUUAUGGGCCUUCAGUUACUAGUCGUUCGCAGCCCACCCACUGCGAGACUCAGGAAUCGUAUAAUAUGGGACAGCAAACUACCAACCCUAUUGUUGACCCCGUCAUGACAUCCUGGAUUCGUAAACUUUCGGAUAUGAACUUGGAGCUUCACCAACAUAAGUUUUCGAUUCCUUCGACUGAAAUAGAGCAAAGCAUGUGGACAAAUACCAAAAGCAGUGGGACGAGUAGCGCCCCUAACUCCAUCCAGCACGAUCAAGAACUUGCAGUAGAUCGCACAUUCAAACUCUCAUACCAGUUUACGGAAAUUCUUACGGAUAUCUUUUCUCGAUUCAAGACCCACCAGGGAUCUACCAGGCCUAUAACAGCCGCUCUCGCAUUAGACCAACCUUCACAGCUGCUUGUAUUAUCCAGCUAUCUGUGUCUUGUCGAGUCAUACGACAAGAUCUUACAGCACAUCAAAAUAUGGACUGAGAUCCAAUUCAUGAUGGGUGUAUCUUCUGCUGAUGGGCACUUUCCAAUUCAACUGCCGAGUCUAGCGAUUGGCUCCUUUAAAUUACCCACAUCCUCGUCGACGCGACCACUUGUCUUGAUGUGCAUCAUUGAGGCAAUGAUAAUGCAGAUACAUAAUCAAGUUAACGAAAUGAUAACCCCUGCGAAUACUCGCAAUGGAACAGCGAGGAUGUCUCAUACGGAUGGCGAGCAAGGUACCGGUGAUGGUGGUGGAUUGAGUGGCGUGGCUAAAGUAACGCUACAGGCAAUAAGAGCCAAGGAAGAGUCCACCAUGAAACUCCUACAUGUAGCCUGGAGACGUGCUCUCCAGUGUGGUGUUCCUUGA